UCAUCCACUACCACCCUCUCACACCCGCUGUCAAAUUCCAAACCACCAGAAAAAUGUCAACCCCAUAUGAUCAUCUUCACUGGUGGCUCUCCGGCCACCCUACCAUUACCACCUUCCAAUGGUCUCCUUCCCAAACCCCCUUCUCCUCCCUCCCAUCUCUCAUCAUCUCCAUCCUCCUCUACCUCUCCCUCACUCUCCUCCUCCACCUUCUCCCCAUCCCUUCCCCUUCUCCUUCUCUUCUCCACCUCUUCUCCUCUCUUCACAACCUCAUCCUUCUCCUCCUCUCCUUCACCAUGUCUCUUGGCUGCUCCCUCUCCUCCCUUUCCCUCCCUUCUCGCCACCUCUUCUGCUUCCCUCCUUCCUCCACCCUUCCUCAAGGUCCCCUCUUCUUCUGGUCCUACAUCUUCUACCUUUCCAAACUCUACGAGUUCAUUGACACUCUUCUCAUUCUCCUCUCCGGCGGCCGCCGUUUGACUUUCCUCCACGUCUACCACCACGCCGGCGUUGUUCUCAUGUCCUACUUGUGGUUGGCUACCAAGCAGUCACUGAUGCCCAUUGCUCUUGUCACCAAUGCUAGUGUUCAUGUGGUCAUGUAUAGCUACUAUCUUUGUUCUAGCUUGGGCUGGCGUUGGCCUCCUCGGUUGAAGAGAAUGGUCACUGAGGUUCAGAUUUUGCAGUUCGUUGUCAGCUUUGGAAUGUCUCUUGUGUUCUUGUGGUUUCAUUUCUUUGAUGGAGGUUGUGAGGGAAUGCAAGGCUGGCUUUUUAAUGCUCUCUUUAAUGCUUCUCUUUUGCUCUUGUUCUUGGAUUUUCAUGGCAAAGCUUAUGGUUCCUUCAAGAAGAGGGACAAGAUGAUCAUGAUGACCAAGAAAACGGAGUAGCCCUUUUGUUUUUUUGUUUUUUUAAAUAAUUUGUGUACUGUUUUUUAAUCUUAUGAGACAAUAUAAUGUUAAAAUA